AUGAUCCAGCCGACCUUUCAGAGGACGCGGGGCGGCGCCGACUCGGUCAAGUACCAGAUGAUCGUUGAGAGGGUGGGGCCGCAGCUCAGCGUCGUGCUUAACCUCAGUGUGGCCAUCAGAGAGGCCAUCAUCGAAAACGUGGCCGGAAAGGACUGGGACGAGGCCAAGCGGGUGGCGAAGGAGACCGGUGGGGACCCCGACGAGGCGGUGGCUGGGCUGCAGUCCGCGGACGAACUCUUCGAAGAGAUCAACAAAGGGCUGAAGAAGGGGCUGGACAAUCGGGUCUCGGCGCAGUUCGCGACGAUGCAGAUGGCGGGCGUGGACGCCGGCGAGUCCAAGGUCUUCGCCACGCUGGGCGCGGCUACGAACCUCUUGGUAGACCUAGAGGCCGUCGAAUCGGAGGUGGUUCCCUGCUUUCCCCGGGAGUACGACAUCUUGCGGGUGUUCCGAGACUCCUACGAGGGCUUCCUGAAGGACCUGCUGCUUCCGCUGGUGUGCGGCGAGGACAAGAUGGCGGACUGCGACGUGAGAGAUAUCUUGGAGGCGAUCAAGUGGCUGGAAUACUACAACACCAAGGUCGAACGGUGCGAAGAGUUCGCGCAGGCCAUCAACGGGCUGAACGCAGCCUACCUCACCCGCAUCAAGGCGCAGAUCAUCAAGUGGGUGCAGAACCUUCGGGCGCAGCACCUGGAGGUGCAGCUCGAUGCCGAGGGGCACUAUGUGACUACUCUCCCCGACGACAUGUUCAACCUCAUCAACAUGCAGAUCAGCGUGGCCAAGACCCUUCCGGAGAACUUUCUUGGAUCGGUGGUUCUCGCCUGCCUAGAGGUCCUGCAAGACAUUCAGGAGGACAGCAUGAUGUCGAUGGAGGCAGGGUGGAGGAGGAUCAGCGCCGAAGAGGAUGGUCUGGAGAGGCUGUGUGCCAUGGUCAACGACAACCUUCGUUUGCAGGAGAAAAGCGAUGAGUUUAUCGAGGACAUCGCGGGGGGCCUCACAGAUGAGGAAAGAACACGUCUCUCAGGCAUGAUCGACACCGUGUCUGGAGCAUACGUGGAGGUAGCUUUGAUAGCGACAGGGGCUAUCAGCAACUCCAUGAUUGCCACCCUGGAGGAUGCCGAGGCAAGGCGCGUGGUGCAAAAGCUGUUCUCUGACGAGUGGGAGAUCGGCACGUUCGAGGCGAUGAAGACGAUCACUGAGACGUAUGCCGACUACUUCCGGGACCUGCACGGCUGGCUGUCGGAGUACUUUUUCGCCAAGCUGGCAAGGGCCUGCUUCGAGAAAAGCGUCAAGGUCUACGUAGAGUCCCUCUUGAUAGGCGACGCCUCCGGAGCAAGGCAUGAGUUCUCGUCCCCUGGGGUGGCGGCUCAGCGGAUUCGCGGAGACAUUCAGCUCUUGAUCCAGUUCUUCACGAACGAGACUAUGCCAGGGUCGAGCACAACGAUGAAGGAGUACCUCGCUCAGGCGGGGAUAAGAGAGGUCGGCGCGAUGGACGACGUGGCUCAGGCGGCGAGAGAUGCUGCAACCGUUUUGGAGGCGGACGACGAUGGGAUGGACCGCCUUCAGGGCAGCUUGGUGCAGGCGGCGAUAAAACGCCUCGUGAGGGAGUUCAAGAGCAAGGGGACGGACGUGGUGAUGAUGGUGGUCGGGAUGCAGGGCCGCAGGGGCGUGGAGGAAAUGAGACAGAGGAGAGAGUUCGUUGAGCGCCUGGCCAACACGUGCGGGAGAUUCACCGAGUCGGACGUCUCCACGAGAUUCGACAUCAAGAGCCAAUCCGGGAGCGGCGUUAUGGGAGACCGGCUGGCAGACCGAUGGCGCCGAAUGCGCGAUACAGUGCGCGACGGAAUAGUUCCCGUCUGAUCGUCGUUGUUCCGCUCGUGGUAUCUUGCAAACCUGUGCGCAUCCGGGUGCGUGUGUGUGUAUUGGGGGGUUCUUCGCGUGCUGCAGCAUCGAGUGCACAGACCUGCUGAUUAUCUAGAACUGUCAAAAAUAGACAUGUCUUGGUCAGACGAGAAUACGCUACAAAGCACCGUGCACACGCUAUUUAAAAAUUUGUUGGUCCGAGGGGCUCCACUGAUGGGAGGAGGGGGCGCGCGGAGGAGACUGGAAGGGGCUGUGUGUGUUUCUUGGGGUAUUUAACUAGGGUGAGCAAUGGAGGCACGUGUGUUGAUGCUUUCGAGCUUGGCACCGACCGCGAUGCGUUUUCCUGUGUACCGGAACGGUGAGAUAUUGCCACCAGAGUUUGUGUGUGAUUUUUGGAUUUGCUAAGUAGCAUCGAUCGCAUGUACGGGUUAGGGUUACCCAUAAGAAAUGCCGGUUGGCUAGUCUUCUCUCCUUACGGGGCCAACACGAGACAUCUGCGAGUUGGUCGUAGUCCGCUUAAUUCCUCCGCCCUUACUUGUGCGUUGGGUGUUGUUUGUUCAACUGUCGAAGGUGGUGGUUGUAACAAUAGUUCGCUCGUUGGGCUCUUUCGGAUUGUCUAUGUUCGAUGUUAUAGUGUUUCAUUUGUUGGUUUGGGCAAACUAGUAGUGUACACCUUGCCGCUGUCGGCGUUGUCAUUUUCAAAUUUUUUGGUUUGUUGUUUCGUUGUUGGCACCUUGGAUUGAUUCGUUUGUAGAAUAUGCUAGACAUCCGA